AUGGGCUCGCACGGGGGCGAGGUAAGUCCAGGGCGGAGCCCCGGGGCCAGCGGAGCUCACGGAGAGAAAUCCCGAAAUCUGGACGCGCGGCUGAGUCAGACGGCCGGGGCAGCUCCAGCCCCGCUGCGUCCACGCCCAGCCCCCGGGGCUCCCGACCUCGGCCGCGCCGCGCCCCCGGCCCCUCACCCGCCGGCACCCGCCGGGUUCGCAGGCACCGGGAGCAGAACUCAGCCAGCAGCCUCCGCCCCAGAGGGCCGGGGCGGGGCCGGGCUUCUGCGCCUGCCCUCGGGGCGGGACGGCCCCCGGCGCUCUCCUCCGCCCGCGCGCGUCAGCCCGCUGCCGCCCCCGCCGCCCUCUGCCCUCGGCCCACUCCCCGGGCCGCCCACCCGGGCCCCGCCCACUCCCUGGGGCCACUCCCCCGCACCGCCCACUCCCCGGGCCGCUCACCCGGGCCCCGCCCACUCCGCGGGCCCCGCCCACCUCGGACCCCCGCCCACACCGCGGGCCGCCCCCUCCCGCGCCCCACCCACUUCCCGGGCCCCGCCCACUCCCGGGCACUGGCCCCGCCCACUCCGGGCCGCCCUCUCUGCGGCUGCCCUCGGUCUGCGGUCUCUGGUCAGCCUCCCGGCCCUCCACUGCGCGCGCGCGGGCACUGGGCCGCCCGGUCCGGCGGGGCCCGCGGGGUUGAUGGGAGGCGAUAAGGUAGAACCGGAAGGAUGGCGACUUCCAGCCGCUUGCCGUGCGAGACGACACCUUCUUCGCCCAGGAAACGGCCGGCCGCGACCGGCUCCACGGAGCCUCGGGGCCGGGCAGUUCCGGUCUAGAAAAACCCGUUUUGCGCCGGAUCCUAAGGGUUGCCCUUCCUUCUUCUCUUCCAGAUUUCCACCCACCAACGUUUGA